UGAGUUCCAGUGUGUACUUGUUGUGUACUUGUGUAUUAGUCGUGUACUUCCUGGUUCGUUGGGUCCUGCUCCUUCGUGUCGUUGUGUUUUUACUUUGUUUUUGUGUACUUUUACUCCCUGUGGGUAAAGUGCUGACUCAUGCUCGGUACCGGACCGUUGACUGGUCCCGCCGGUGAACCACGGAACCCGGUUACCGGCCGUUAAGCCGCCGCUGCUGUCGGUCGGCCCGGUUAGCUUGGUGCUAGCUGGGUGCUAACUCCGACUCUCCAGGUAUGUGGGCUUCCUGUUGUACCUGGUGCAUGGACUCGGCUGAUGUGGAUGAGUCGAACUCUGCUGAUCAACACCAUCGCUCCUACACCAAUUCAGCAUUCAACAACCAGCCUUCACCGACUGCCCCUGAACACAUCUGUAAGGCCUGCGGAGGUCGUUUUGACACACCUGCCAAGAAGCAUGUCUGUGUCGACUGUAAGAAGAACUACUGCAGCCGAUGCUCCGCCCAGCUGGAACCCCGCCCCCGCCUCUGUCACACCUGUCAGCGUUUCUAUGGUAACCUGCUGGAGAGGGCGGAGCUGAUGAAGCUGAAGGUGAAGGAACUGAGGGACUACCUGCACCUGCAUGAGGUCUCCACCCACCUGUGCAGAGAGAAGGAGGAGCUGGUGGACCUGGUCCUGAGUCAGCAGUCCUCACCUUCCGGUGGCUCCGCCCCUUACACCCCGACCUCUGAGCCACCUGACAUCACUCCUGAACCUGAACCUGAUCCCACCCCAACCCCAGUACCUGACCCCCCUACUGUGCAGCCUGAAGCCCCAACCCCGCCCACAGAACCUGAGCCUGUAGAGCCAGAGCCCCCAGAACCAGACCCUCAGGAUGAAGACCAGACCUCGGACCCGGAGGAGGUUCCGAUUCCGGGCCGCCGGGCGUCCCUGUCGGACCUGAGCUGCCUGGAGGACAUUGAGGACCUGAGCGUCCGCCAGCUGAAGGAGAUCCUGGCCCGGAACUUCGUCAACUACAAAGGCUGCUGUGAGAAGUGGGAGCUGAUGGAGAGGGUGAGGAGGUUGUACCAGGACCAGCAGAACCUGGCUGCUUCGACUGUGAAUGCCUCAGAGGCCGGCGGUAACUCUGCAGGUCUGGAGGAGAACCUGUGCAGGAUCUGUAUGGACUGUCCCAUCGACUGCGUCCUGCUGGAGUGUGGUCACAUGAUCACCUGCACUAAGUGUGGCAAGAGGAUGAACGAGUGUCCCAUCUGCCGGCAGUACGUCGUCAGGGCCGUACACGUGUUCAGGUCCUGAAGGGGGCCUUGAACGCACCACAAAGGAAGAGCUGCCUCUGAAGGGACACCUUUCACAAUAAAGUCCUUGUGGGGCUGCUGCAGAUACAGAAGCUUUUACUUUGAAGAAUGUAAGAAGUGACCUUAAGUGACCUUCAGCUGAAUGUACAGACUGACACUUUGAUGCUUGACCUUAUCCACAAAGGGAAAUCUGGGAACACCGCUAGUGCCUCCAUGUGACUUAGAUUAAAAUGUAUUAUUGAGAUGAUGAGGUGUGUGGAGGCGGAGCUUCUGCACAGGUAAACAACAGCCACUCACCUGUGAGUGAGGCGUUUAAGGACCAGUCCAGAAUAAUAUGUGUGGUGUUUCAGGUUAAGACCAACAGACGUCAGCUGCUGAGCCCGUCGACGACCGUUGUAUUGAGCCUCAGUCCAAACCACAUGACCACGACAACCCAUGGUCACGUUGACCCUGUUUACGAACAAGAAGUCCAUCAUCAGAGUCCUUUGGGAAACACGACAAAAAUAUCAGCAGAUUAAUUAUCACAUGAACGUCAAUGCAUCGGUUCGUUAAGAUGAGACGUUGUUUCAAAUGGUUAUUGAUGUUUUUUAAUUAAUAAAAAUGACGAGAAACAGACGAAUGAAACAUCAAACACUUGAGGUUCAACUUGAACCUGUUCACACUGUGACACAUUAACCCUAAAAAGGUCUGGACUGAUGUGAGCAAAUGUGUUUUAAAUCACAGUAGUUAAAUUAAUUUACAAGUAAUCAGUAAAGUACUUUUACUCAGUACUACUUCUACCACAGAAUAUGAUUUAGAUGAAAGUUGUCACUUCUGAUCCAGUUUGUGUUCAGCUCCUCGUUCUCUGGUUGAACCAGCGUUGGUUUGGCCUUGGUCUCAGUCAUUCCUUAACCAUCUUCUGGACCAGGUCAGCGUCAUGAUGUUCGCUUGUGUCUUCAUCUGUUUUCCAGAUGUCACAACCUGCUUAUGAGAACAUCUAAACCAGCAGCAGUUUAAUGUAACAACCAAGAGGACAGAUUCAUAUGUGAAGACCCUUCACAGAGACCAUCUGAUUCUAUUAAAACCAUCAGACAGACGAUAGGGUUUAGGUCGAGUACGUUUGAUUUUAACCUGUGGGCGUGGCCAACACACCUGUCACAUGACUGGCUCAGCAGCUCUGUGGUUGGACGUCGACUUGGCGGUCACUGUGAUUUUUGCACUAACCUUUAACCUGUUCCUUAAACAAGAUGCUUUUUGGUCUGAUUUGAAAAAAGUUGGGUUUGAGUUUGGUUUGAUUUUCGGUUUGUGUGACGUUUUGGGAUCAUAUUUAAUGUGCUUGCCGUCAGUCUUCCAGCGAGUCACAUGACCCAGCUGUGGUGCAUUCACUGACUUUGCACUUAGACUUUCUGCUCUGAAAUUGUCACUGUGAACAAAUAUCCAUUCUUUUAGUGGUGUUAGCAUCCAGCUGGGGUUUCCAUUAUUCUCAAUGAGAAACACUAACGCUAACAUUAGCCUGAAACUUUUCCUCUGAAUCACAUAUGGAUUCAUUCUGUAUAUUUGUGACAUUCUUUCAACUACAGAUGAAAUAUUUUAAAACAACAAAAAAUGAGAAAUUUUAGUUUUUCUGAGUGACUUUCCUGAAUUAUUUUGUAAUAAAAAAUAAUUUU